AGGAAAUCCGGCAGGAAAGCUGAGGGGGAAACAGCGGGAGCAGCGGGCUGAUCCCGGGGGAUCAUCCCAAAGUGACGGAGAAGAAACGAGGCUCUGAAGGACCCCAAACCCUCACCUGGAAGGAGCCGAUGCGAUGGAGGGAGCUCAGCCCCACCUGAGCGCAGACCUGACCACCCCGUACCUGGGGAAGGCUCCCACCCCCCCCGGCCAUGAGGACGCCGACACCGCCGUCAUCGCAGUGGUGAUCACGCUGGUGUUCCUCACGCUGCUGACGGUGCUGCUGGUGAUCGGGAUUUACCUGUACAGGAACCAGGGCUCGUAUCGCACCUACGAGCAGCCCGAGCCCGACACGGCCCCGCGGGAGGAGGCGCCGCCCAAGGACAAGGAGGAAUAUUUUAUCUAAGGACACCCCUGGCAUCCACAGCGGUCCCGAAAUUCCCCGGACUCGGGGGUCUACACGGAUUUUCAGGAGUUAGGAUGUUCCCUGAAUUCCCUGACAUCGGGGAUCUGCCCCAAUCUCCUGGAGUUGGGGGUGCACCUAAAUAUCCCGCAGCUGAGAUCUGCCAAAAUUUCUUGGAGGUGGGGGAUCUUCCUAAGCUGGGAAUCUGCUUAAAUUCCCUGCAGCUGGGGCUCUACUUGAAUUUCCUGGCAUUGGGGUUCUGCCUAAAUUCCCUGGAUUUGGGGAUCCACCUAAACUGGAAACCUGCCUAAAUUCCCUGGGGCUGAGGUUCUGCCUGAAUAUCCUGGAGCUGGGAUCUGCCUGAAUCCGCUGGAGCUUGUGAUCUACCCGAAUUCCCUGGAGCUGAGGAUCUACAGGCUGGUUUUAGUUGGUUUGGGUAUUUUUUUUUUCCACUUAAUUUAUGAAGCCAACCGUGGAAGGAAUAUGUGGGUGCCUGAGUGCAGGAAAAAACCUAAAUACUCCCCCAAAAAUAAUAACCCCGAAAGAGGAAGUUCCCAACCCAGCAGGAAAAAGGAAAGAAAUGAGGAAACCCCCGGCUGGCAGCAGCCAAAGGGGUUCUCAGAGGCCCAACAGAAAUCUGUUAGUUCGUUUAAAUUUUCAAAAUAAUCUUUAUUUUUGGUUUUUAGUAUAAAAACUGCACAAGUUCAGUGCAGCACAGGGAGCCCGAGAGCCAAGCUCGGGAACAGUCAGGGAUGGUCACACACACAGAGGACACGGAUUCAGAUUAAAGUGAAAUGUUACAAUAAAUAGAGUCCAAUCUGAGCUCUUUCUUCAGCAAACAACCCAAAAGAAGGAAAACGCCCGACAGAGGAUCCCUGGAAUGCUCCUCCCGAGCUUGUGGAGGUUUGGUUAUCAAUGCAGGCACGAGUCACUGCUAAACACAUCCAUCAAGCCAUUCAUAAAAUCCACCACACAUCCCAUUCACAAACCCUCCAAUAAACAGCUCAUUGAUAGCCCCAUUGAUAACCCCAUUAAUAAUAAACCCAUUGAUAAUAAA